AGAAAAUCGAUUUUUUUGUUUGAGUAGAAGGAUUGGGAUUUUAUCUGUUGUAAAUUGUGGGUUGGAUUCAUUGGAGCCGAAGAGUUGGAGUGGCCAGACGCCUUAAACAUGUAUGCAGGACGAAAAAGAAGAAAACCAGUGCAAAGGACGGUGAAGCAGCCCCCAGCUGAAGGGGUGAAGUCUAACCCGUCCAAGCGUCAUCGAGAUCGGUUGAACUCUGAGCUGGACCGGUUGGCCAGUCUCCUUCCGUUUCCAGAGGAGGUCACGAGCAGCCUGGACAAACUCUCCAUCCUGCGGCUGAGUGUCAGUUAUCUACGUGCUAAGAACUUCUUCUCUGUCGCUCUGAAAAACCACAGCUCCAAUGGUUUGUCGGCAAACAACAGUAACCAUGACAACAUUAAAGCAACAGGAUUGGUUGACGGCUGGCCGCAUGAGGGAGAGCUCCUACUACAGGCUCUCAAUGGCUUUGUGUUGGUGGUCACUGCUGAAGGGAUCAUUUUCUACUGUUCUCACACCAUCCAGGAUUACUUAGGAUUCAACCAGACAGAUGUGAUGCAUCAAAAUAUGUUCGAACUCAUUCAUACUGAAGACCAGCAGGCCUUCAGACGCAACUUGCACUGGGCCUUGAACCCGCCUCCAACCAGCACGCAGACAGAAGAAUCCCCACAAGACGGAGAUCCUGCCCCAAGUAUGUCGCUGGUAACGUGCAACCCUGACCAGCUGCCUCCCGAGAACUCCUCUUUCCUGGAGAGAACUUUUGUUUGUCGUUUCCGAUGCCUCCUAGACAAUUCUUCAGGAUUCCUGGCCCUGAAUCUUCAAGGACGUCUGAAAUUCCUGCAUGGGCAGAACAGGCAACUGGAUGACGGAGGCCAAAUGCCGCCCCAGCUCGCCCUGUUUGCCAUAGCGACACCCCUACAGCCUCCUUCCAUAAUGGAGAUCCGAACCAAGAACAUGAUUUUCAGAACCAAACACAAGUUGGACUUCACCCCUAUGGCCUGUGAUGCUAAGGGUAAAAUCGUUCUUGGCUACACCGAGGCAGAGUUGCGAGUUCGAGGUUCUGGGUACCAGUUCAUCCAUGCAGCUGAUAUGCUGUAUUGUGCUGAGAACCAUGUCAGGAUGAUCAAGACUGGAGAAAGCGGCCUGACUGUGUUUAGACUGCUUACAAAGGACAACCGCUGGAAAUGGGUACAAGCUAACGCUAGACUCGUCUACAAAAAUGGCAAGCCUGACUACAUCAUUGCCACCCAGAGGCCGCUUGUAGAAGAAGAGGGCGGAGAGCAUUUGAGGAAGCGAUCUAUGCAUCUUCCAUUCACCUUUGCUACUGGAGAAGCUCUGCUGUACCAAAUCAGCUACCCCAUGCCAGGCUUCCCUGACACCCUUCAAGGCAAAAGCAAGAACAACAAAACCAAAAAGAGCAAGGUGGACAAAAGUUCAAAGGAUGAUCUGGACCCAAGUUCUCUGCUGGGAGCCAUGAUGAGACAAGACGAGUCUGUUUAUGUUUGCCAACCUGCUAUGGAGCCUAGAUUGUCAUUCCACAGUAGCCUCUUCAGUGAGCAAGUAGAGACUAAUACCUUCUCUUCUUCUGUCGAAAAUGAAAGUUGGAAUCCAGCGCAGAAUCGUGUAACUGCAGUUUCCAAACAGGAGCCAUCAAGUUUUGACCCACUACUGGCAACAUUAGACUCUCUGUCCCUGGAAAAUGAGGAAAGCUGCUCCAACAGUGAGCUAUUCAUUGCCCUGGAAAACCUUGGACUCAAUGCAGAGGACCUAGAAUUGCUGCUUCUGGAUGAUAGGAUGAUCCAGGUAGAGAUGGAAGCGGAUUACGUCCCAUCUCUGAACGAUCUUCUCACCAACAACGAAAUCCUUUCCUACAUCCAAGACUCACUGGAGAACCGGAUCGAGGACUCAAAGGAUGCUCAAAACCCUGCUGUGGCAUUAGAUUCUGUUGAACCCCCUGAGCCAUGUUCUGCUUCUGAGUCAGCUUCUCAGAUUACUUCAUCCAUGCCUGAUCCUCAUGUACCUUUCUGGCCACAAAAACAGAUAACACCCAUAGUUCAUCUCUCACAGCGUAUGCAGCAACAUCUCAAUGGCCAGUCAGUUUGCCACAAAACUGAGAGAUGGAUCCAGGCACCAAUACCUCAGGUGUCUACAACAGACUCUGAGACAACUACAUUUACCCAGCAUGAUACUUUGUUGGUAAACCCGGUACCAGCUGUACACAAUGGCCACUGGGUCUCUGAACACAUACAAGUGAACUUGAACUCUCAACUUGGUGACAAGAUAACAGGAACUAGUAAAGCACAAUCACAGCAAUGGCAGCACAACCAGUUGCUUGACCCAUUCCAGUAUAAACAAAAAACAGCUGUGGGUAGUGAUACCCCUCCAAACGGGGUCUACAAUGAUCCCCAGUGGCAUGGAUACAACUUCACAGACCAGUUGGUCACAAAUGGACCAUGUUUUCCCAAUGGCCAGUUGGCGCACACACAAACAGUGGGUACACAUGUUGAUUACAAUAUAACCGACAAUUCAGGGGUGGAGUUUACGAUGAACAUCAGUACAGCUGGGGAUGUAGGUCAGUUUCAGGGAGCCAUGGCCUCGUCUUCAUCCUAUCAGCAGGGUUAUCAGAAACAGCAGCAGCAGCCAAAGGUCGCACCCACUUAUUACGCCUCCUAUACCAAACAGAACUCCUCUCUGGAGCAUAUCCUGGGAUUAGCCCCACCAAUCCUUCCCUCGUUGACAGAUUAUAGCUCGGAACUGACCCAUGACGCCACCCACAGUAAGAUGGAGACGGGCUUUAUACUCAACUCCGCUAGUGUGGCCUACACAGGAAGUUGUUUGGUCCCCAACGGCAAUGCAGUGGCCACACCUGGCAACAGUCCCCACCCCCUUCCUGAGCCACUCCCACCUCCCCCAGACCCUCCGACCACUGGUUUCUACCUCUGAACACACUCAAUACAGAUCCGUCCGAAAAGAUGCCAUCAAUCAUGAGAAGACUGUCAAAUAAAUAAUAAAAAAGACA